AUGUUCUCGAAGUCUUGCGUCUGGCUCGUCGCGGCGGCGUUUCUUGCCGCUUGCGGCGUGAGCGCAGGCGUCGGAAGCAAGAGACCGUUCACGCCGACCGACUCCAUUCUGGACAUUAUCGACACCGAACAGGUGGAAAGGAUGCUCGCGGCUCGACGCCGGACGGAGGAGGCAAACGUAUCGUCAUCGUCUUACGUUCAGAGGAACGAACUCGGCGAAGGCAGCUCCGAGACGAUGGUGGUUUCGAUGCCAGAGCGGGAGGAAGCCACCGAGAUACCUAAGGGAGUGGCGUUUCGUAACAUAUUAAAGUCUUCGAAAAACGCGCUCAUCGUGACGAAAAAAGAAUAUCUCAAGGAAGACUGGUGCAAGACGGAGCAGCUGAUACAAAAGAUCCGCGAGCCGGGCUGUUUGCAAGCGACCGUCAUUAAUAACUUCUGUUAUGGACAGUGCAACUCGUUUUACAUUCCGAAGAGCCCCCGACGCCGCGAGACCGACGACGAACGUCCUCCGCCCGCGUUCAGGUCUUGUUCGUUUUGUAAGCCGAAGAAGUUCACUUGGGUCACGGUGACCCUCCGCUGCCCCGGCCAGAACCCGCCCUACAAGCGAAAGCGCUUACAGAAGAUCAAACAGUGCAAGUGCUUGCCGGUCGGCGUGAACUGA